UUCUUCCACUUUUGUGUGCAAGUUGAAUAUAUCUUCAGUUAUGGCAUUGCCAAUACCAAGCCCUUUGGUGUUCACAGUAACAACGCAAAAACCAGAGCUGGUAACCCCAGCAAAGCCAACACCUCAUGAAAUCAAAGAGCUAUCUGACAUGGAUGACCAAAAAGUCCUCCGGUGUCACCUCCCAGCAAUAAUGUUUUAUCGAAACAGCCCAUCACUGGGUGGAAAGAGAGACCCAGUGAAGGUGAUCAGAGAGGCAUUGGCACAGACACUUGUCUUCUAUUACCCACUUGCCGGUCGCCUGAAGGAAGAAGGCCCUGAUGGGAAGCUCAUCGUGGAGUGUGCCGGCCAAGGCGUGUGGUUCGUUGAGGCUGAUGCUGAUAUUAGGUUUCAGGAUUUUGUUGAGGCUGAAGCACUUUUCCCUCCUUACCGAUUCUUAAAUCAGAUUCUCUACGAUGUCCCUGGCUCCAGUGAGAUCCUUAGCGCCCCUUUGCUGCUUAUUCAGGUGACUCGAUUACGAUGCGGCGGUUUCAUCUUUGCCUUCCGCUGCAACCACACCAUGGCUGAUGGCACCGGAGUAUUCCAAUUUCUUAUGGCCUUAGCAGAAAUGGCACGGGGAGCGAAUGCCCCAUUUGUGCAGCCUGUGUGGCAAAGAGAACUACUCAAUUCAAGGAACCCGCCACGUGUGACAUGCACACACCAUGAAUAUGAUGACAAUGUCGUUAAUGCUGAGAGCAACAUCAUAUGUGCAGAGGACAAGGUGGUGUUCCGCAACUUCUUCUUUGGUUUCAAGGAGCUCCAUGCCCUUCGCAUGCUCUUCCCUCCUCACCAGCGUAUGUGUUCCACAUUUGACUUGCUAACCGCUUGCAUAUGGAAGUACCGCAUAGCUUCCCUACAAUUAAAUCCAAGUGAGGAAGUGCGUUUGUCUUUUUCAUCCAAUGCACGCGUGUACUUCAAGCCUCCCUUGCCAAUUGGGUACUAUGGCAAUGCGGUUGCAUGCCCAACCGCCUUGUCAACUGCCGGGGAACUAAGCUUAGAACAUGCAUUGGAGUUGGUAAGAAAAACCAAAUCUCUUGUAACAGAAGAGUACAUGAGAUCGACGAUAGACCUAGUGGUAAUUAAAGGGCGACCCUUUAUCAAAUAUGAACAAGCCUAUUUCGUGUCAGAUGUCCACAAAAUGAAAUUCUCAGAUGUAGAUUUUGGGUGGGGCAAUGCAGUUUUUGGCGGUCCAAGCCUUGUUGGGGAGAUGAAGGGUAGCUACUUCGUAUACUUCAAGAAUGAAAUGGGUGAGGAUGGGAUUGUGGUACCAAUUUGCUUGCCCCCUGUUGCCAUGGAAAGGUUCAUUUUGGAGGUUGAGAGCAUUUUCAAGGGUGAUGAUUCUAACAACUAAACUUCUGUGUCAUCAACUCCAUGCUAUAAAAACUGUUGAAUAAUUUGCCAUAAUUACUCUAUGUGUAAUGAUUUGAUUCGCAUUACACGAAAUGCACAUAUUUGCAGUAUGUAUUUUCUUAUUAUUUUAUAACAAUUUGCAUUUUACCAUUACAA